AUGGGCAGAAAGAAGAAGAAGAUCGAUAAGCCAUGGUGCUGGUAUUGUAACCGAGAAUUUGACGAUGAGAAAAUCCUCAUUCAACACCAGAAAGCAAAACAUUUCAAAUGCCACAUUUGUCACAAAAAGUUGUUCAGCGGACCCGGCUUAUCCAUUCAUUGUAUGCAGGUGCACAAAGAAACGAUAGACAAAAUUCCGGCUGCGGUGCACGGUCGAGACAAUAUUCAUGUAGAAAUAUAUGGGAUGCAAGGAAUACCAGCCGGUGCUUAUCGAGGAGCAGCUGAUGAUGAACCGGAUGAAAAACGCUCUAAAAUGGAUUCUGGGCAGCCACCCAUGCCUGCUCCAAUGCCAUUUCCACAGCAUUUUCCUUAUCCAGGGAUGCCUCCAAUGCCUUCUGGUCCACCUCCUCCGCAAAUGGGAUACGGAAUGCCACCAAUGCCUCCUCACGGAAUGAUGCCACCGCCAGGAAUGCCCGGUGCCUAUCCACCACCACGGCCUUAUCAGCCACCGCCAGGAGCCCCAGGAGUUUAUAUGCCACCUCCUGGCAUGCCAGGAGCUUAUCCACCACCACGUAUGCCAAUGGGCGGACCACCUGGUGGACCACCAAUGCCAGGAGCCCCACCUCCGAGGAGCAGGUUCGAUCAACCUGAUGGUGAUCGGUGGGGAGCUCCACCGCGUGGACCAAGAACGCCACAAUAUGAAGAUGAUAGAGACAAUCAAGAUUAUCGAGCACCUGAUGAAUAUCACCAAGGAGGUUAUGAAGACCGAUUCAGAGAAGGUGAUCGCGGGAACCUUCCAGGAGGAAGCCGGUUCGAGGCUGUCAAAUCAGAACCAGAGCCGGUAACAAGUGCCACAUCAGCAAAAGUCGCUGCAGUUGCGGCUGUAGCAUCUAAGCUCGGAUCACGUACUCGAAUUGUGCAUCCUGAUGAUCAUUCACUAUCUCUAGAAGAAAGACGUGUCAAAAUGUUAUUUGAAAAGCGCGCCAACUCGUAUCACUGA